AACCCGGUGCGGAUAUCUUUCUUCAUCUUCAAGUCUGAGACAGUUCCGAGCAGUAGGUCCGCCCGCCGGUUGAAUUUUUAGGUGCUUUACCAUUUCUCCCUCCCCACACGUCGACGGAAAGUCAAUCGGAGCUUCUGGAACCUAUUCACGCAAGUCGCCGCCGGCAUCAUAAUGCGCAUUAGAUUCUGUUCGUGUAUCCCGGGGUGUCGGAAGGUGAAGAAGAAAGCGGAUGUUAAUCCGAAGCAGGAGGAGGCGAAGAAAGUGGCUGAGAAGCAGAGUUCGUUUAAGUUUCACUUCCAGAGGGUUUCGUUUUCGGAUUUGAGCUCUUCCACGCUUUCGGAGGACCUCUCCAUCUCCCUCGCCGGCUCGAAUCUCCACAUUUUCACGGUUCAGGAGCUCCGCCUCAUCACGCACAACUUUUCGUCCAGUAAUUUCCUCGGCCAGGGCGGAUUUGGCCAGGUCCACAAGGGCUUCGUCGACGAUAAGAUCCGACCCGGAUUGAGUGCUCAACCCGUUGCCGUUAAGCGCCUGGAUAUUGAUAACGGCACUCAAGGCCACAGAGAAUGGCUGACGGAAGUGAUUUGUCUUGGGCAAUUGAGGCAUCCGCAUCUGGUGAAGCUGAUCGGAUAUUGUUGCGAAGAGGAUCAACGGCUUUUGGUCUAUGAAUACAUGCCCAGAGGCAGCUUGGAGAAUCAUCUUUUUAGAAGAUUUUCCGCGUCGCUUCCAUGGUCUGCCCGAAUGAAGAUCGCAAUGGGAGCAGCAAAGGGUCUUGCUUUCCUGCACGGGGCAGCAAAACCUAUCAUAUAUCGUGAUUUUAAGGCUUCAAAUAUCUUGCUUGACUCGGUAAGUUGCUAUAUUUUCAAAAAUUAAUGCGCAGUUAGUACCAAACCAGAUCAAAUCAGACUUUGUCAAUAGUAAAAUACAUAUAAAACAGAGAUUUACCAUACAAAUUCAGAUCAUACCAAAUCAAACUUAAACAAAUCAAUGAAACUAGUGUGGGUAGUGAACGCAUGAAAAAUGUAGGAUAUGCUAUCAAAAAGUGUAAAAUGAUGAAAAUUGAAAGAAACUGAAAAAGGUCCCAAAACUUAAAAUUGAACAAAUAAUAAAGAACUUUCCGAAAAGGAAUACAAAACAAAUAAAAAUCACUCGGGCAGUAUUAUUUCAGCCUGGUUUGGACUGCAAUAGUACAAAUGAACAAGUUUUUUUUUUUUUUUUUUUUUUACAAAUGAACAAGUCUUACCUCUUUUGGGUUGGAUUAGGCUAAGCAAUAUUAUCAACACUUAUUACAAUUCAACCCUUCAAUAGCUGAUCAAUUUUCGUUACAUUUGCAGGACUACAGUGCCAAGCUGUCCGAUUUUGGAUUAGCGAAGGACGGACCGGAAGGGGACGACACACACGUCAGCACACGAGUGAUGGGCACACAUGGGUACGCAGCCCCAGAAUACAUAAUGACGGGGCAUUUGACCGCCGCCAGUGACGUGUACAGUUUCGGUGUAGUGCUGUUGGAACUUUUGACUGGUCGGAAGUCAAUAGACAAGAGCAGGCCAUCGAGAGAACAGAACUUAGUGGAUUGGGCGAGGUUUCAUUUGAAAGAUUCGCGGAAGCUCCGCCGUAUAAUGGACCCCAGGCUUGAAGGAAUGUAUUGUGAAGAUGGGGCACAUAAAGCGGCUGCUUUGGCAUAUCAAUGCCUAAGCGAGCGGCCAAGGAAUAGGCCAACCAUGAGCGAAGUGGUUAAGGUUUUGGAACCUUUGAAGGAUUACAAGGAUGUUUCAAAUGUAACAUUUGUAUACGUAGCUCCUUCAACUGAGAAAGAACCACCGAAACUGAGUAAAACAGAAGUGACUGAGCAAAAGCAGGUGGAAAAAGGAGAUAGUGAGCAAAAGCAUAGCACCAUAAGUGCCAAGUCUAGAACAAUUCACUCAGAAGCUGAUCUAUUGAAUAGAGCUUAAAUUGAAAUUACUGUAAACCAAAAUGUAUAUAGAAACUUGUCUAUAAUUGCUUCAUUUUUUGUUUGCUUUAGCAAUAGGUUCAAUCCGGAUAUAUUAGUACACAAAAAAGCCUUGGAGCAAAAGUGCCAAUAAUAUGCUGUUUCUUCCACCAUUCUUUUUUUGUAGUUCAUUAAUUUGUCCCUUUUAUCAUUUUCACUUCAAUCAAGGGAAAAUACAAAGUGAUGUAUUCAAGUAUUCACUAUUUUAAACUAC